AUGGAAGAACAUGUUGAGUUACUAGCAGCAUAUAAUAGUCUUACUGAUAAACACCUGGCUGGAUAUUUUAACAAUACAAGAAUAAGGCGGCAUCUCUUGAGAUCGGGGCUGAUCACAAGAAGUGGAAGAAUACUUUCUGAAAAAGAAUACAAACUAAAUAACAUGAAGCGGGAUCAUCAAAAAUACAUUCGGGAGUGUUUAGCUCAGGCCAUUUUCCAUAAGGUUCUUGACAUGGAGCGUUACCACCAUCUUGAAAUAAAAAAGGAACUGGAGACCUUAGCUAGGAAGGAGCGAAUUCAGAGAUUUAAGGGAGAGCACACAAGAUGGUCUGUAGAAAAUAACAUGCCAGUCCUGUCUCCCCAUCCUCCAGUUGGCCCAAAGACUAACCGUGGUCAUAGUGUUCUGGUUGAUGAAAAACAUUCCAGUCCAUUAACACUGACAGCCCCUCGGCCUUAUACUGCCCCAGGAAAUAUGCAGCCUCCAAUUCGAUUGCAACCUCUUCCCAGCAAUCCUGCAGUAGGAACUGUUCCAAAGAUAACUCCGGGCUCCAGACCAAAGACCUCCUUGCUGGAAAAUGAAGCUCCAUUUUCUACUGGGGGCAAGAAGGCAAUGAUGAAAAUCAGGAACUCUAUGGACAAUUCACGGGGAGUGAAUUCAUAUCUACUUCCAAACAUUAAGAGUUAUUUGAUGCCUAUUCCUCCUUCAUCUCCUCCCCCCAGCAGAAAAAACACAAGGGAAAAUAGACCUGAAACAUGGAGAAGGAGACGAUUCCGUCCGACCACUGCUCCAAAUGGCUCAGAACCUCUCUUUACCAGGGAUUCAAGGAAGAUUCACAAAACACCACUGCAUAGUAAUGCAGCUAUUACAAUGAUCUAUUUGGGGAAAAAUGUGCACCUAUCAUAUGACUUCCGGGAUGAAAUAAAAGUUUAUCAACAGCACUGUGGUGGAGAAAACCUUUGUGUCUACAAAGGCAAGCUACUUGAAAAAGAGACCUUUCAGUUUAUUUCCAAAAGGCACCAUGGUUUCCCCUUCAGUCUCACCUUUUUCCUGAAUGGGAUACAGGUGAACAGGUUAAGCUCCUGCUGUGAAUAUAAGCAUCGAAAAGGUUCCAGACUAGGAGGCAAAAGAGGCUACUUUGGGUUUGUGUGUGUCGAGAGAUCAUCUCCUUGCUACAAGUGCAUUAUUGCAAUGGGCCUUGACAAAAAACCAACAAAACCUCGGAAAGAAAAAAGUAUUGAGAGAAGAGAGGAACUGAAGAAGAGUGACAGGAAACUGAGGAAGGACAGAGACUACUUGAUACCAAGAAGGAAUGAAAUUGAGGCUAUUUUUUCAGUUCAAGAAGAAACAACAGGCAUCAAAGAAGUGAGAACUGCUGUGGAAGAACUAGAGCGCAAAGUAAAAUUAGAACAAGAUGCUUGGGAAGAUGAUCAGGAAAAUAUAUUUAAAUACGAGUAUGAAGAAGAUUUUGAAGUAGAUGAGGAGAAACAAGAUGAGAAAGCUAAUGAAGAAGGACAGUCUGAUGAUCAAAUGAAUGGAAUGUCAAAGUCACCCUCAGAUGAUGAAAACGAUAAUUUAGACCUUGCAAAGGAGAGUGAAACCUUGUCACAGAAGGCACCAGAUGCUGAUGACAAUGCGAAAGAUGAGUGCGAUGGAUGCUCUGAUAGUGAAUUGGAAGAGGAUAAACAAGAUACAAAAAGUGCUUCAUCAACAUCAUUCAGAAGUCACCUAUGUUCUAGCUCCAGUGAAGAUGAAUCUGCAUGGGGUACCAGGGGAGACCAUGCCGAAAAUAGUCCCAAUGAAAGUGCCAGAAGUUUAUCUUCUCAGGAGCUGAGUGAAAAUGAUAGGCCAAGAAAAUUCCAUCUUUUAGCUGAGGAUGCCCUAGAAAUUGAAACUGAAGACCAGAAAAUAAUAAAAACAAACAUGGAGAACAAGUCUCUGGCCGUAGAGGAAAGCUUAGAGAAUGUUCUCGAUGAAGAAACAAAGAAAGUUACCCAAAUGGUUGCAGAGGAUAUAUCUGAGAAGUCUAGGAAGCGUGUUUCCAAGGAAGAAAAAGAAAAGGCUAAGAGUAAGCUUUGGGAAGGAAGCAAUACUAAGGUGAAGGACAAAAACGCAGGUGCCCAUAGGGUGGAGAAGGGUGGGAAGAAUUCAUUACCAUCAGUAUAUAUAGUAGCUUUAAAAGCACUGCAGAGUAAUUUUGUGGUGGAAAAAAGGGAAGAACUCAACUCAAACAAGGAACGUAAGCAGGUCACAUCAGAAAUGUAUACACUGGAGAAGAAAGAAGCAGUGGGGGAAGAUGAAGUUCCCCAACACAGGGGUGCUGAGACAAUAGAGGAACAAGAAGGUGCAGCACUGUUGGGGAAAGUAGAAAUUCCAUUGGGGGCGUGGAAGCCAACAGCAGAGCAGCCUUCCUUAGCAGGGCAAUUAACAGAGGAAAGAGAGAUCCCACAGGAUAUAGCAAGUGGGGCAGAGGCAGAAGCAGAAGGGAAUGGAAGGCUGGGUACAGAGGUGUUAAGUCCCAAGGGACAAGAAACGUCAAGAUACCGGCAAGGUCUGAAUGAAGACAAGGUUCCCCAAGAGGAGAACAUGGUACAGACAGUACUGGAGACAGAGCUGGCAGCUUCUGAGGAGGAGCAAGAUUUGGAGAAGGCAGUGUUUGCAAACAGUGCAGCAGUGCUGAAAUCACAGAAUAUUCAGGAGACAGUGGCCCUGAGGCAGACAGCGGUGCUGGAGAUGGGGGAGGCUGAGCUGGAGGCAGCUGUGAGUGAGAUGGUGCCUGGAAAAACAGAUGUGGAAGACAGUGAAGAGAAUGCAUCCACAGACCUAGAGGGUAAGGGACUCAUGGGAGAGGCUGCACCUGAGAGAGGGGGUGAUCCAGAAGAAGCAACAGUUGGGGGAGAGGAACCAGCCAAAGAGAGGAAGGAAAUUAUGGAAAUGGAAACACCUUUGAGUUCCUCAACUUCUGAGAAGGUCAUGGAAACCCUGGUGGGGGUUUCCGGGAACAGCUUCCAGGAACUUGGUAAGGAAGAUGUGGGGAGAGAAGUGGUUGAGACUGAGCCAGAAUCUAAUAAGGAAGAUGAUAGGAAAGAAAUGUUACCUGAGGAAUUUGAUGCAACAAGAGAGAAGAAGAAAGCUGAGAAGCCAAAAAUACCUCUGGCAGAAACUGAAUCUGAGAGAGAAGAGGUGACAGGGGCAAAUGAAUGUCAGGAAGAAAACACUUUAGAAGAAGAACGAAAGUUUAAAGGGGGUGCGGGGGAAAUAGUGAAUGAAGUAAGACCUGAGGAAGAGACACAGGCACCCUCCAAUAAAAUGAAGUGUGAUGCUGAGGAUGAAGCAUCUAUGAGGGCAUCAGAACUGACUGAAGACACCAAGUCUCAAGGAGAAGUUUCACUGGGAGAGACGGGGGUGACCAUAUUUGAAGCAGCACCCGGGUUUGAAAAAUCACUGGAAAACAUAGCAGCUCUGAAGAAAGAGGGAGACACAGAACAUGAAAAUAAGGCAGAGCUGCUCCCCAGGGAGAAGGUGGCUUCUUCAGAGGAGGAAGAGGGGGCAGCCAGUGAGGGAAAGGGUGUGUUAAGAGCUCCUGAAAGUGAGCUCACAGGAAAGCCCGGGGCAUCGGAGGAAAGGAUCACAGCCACGGCCAAGUUUCAGGAAUGUUUAGCCAGAGAUCAAGAUGGACUUGUGGGACAGGAGAGGAAGGAUAAAGAAGAGUCUUUACAGGGGCCACAAAUAGUGGGGGUGAUGACAGUGACCCAAGAUGUUUCUGUGGGGGAUACCCUGAUGGCAGGAAUGUUGAGUGAAGAAGCCAUGGGUGAGGACCCAGAGGAGGAGGCAGAUAAAGAGAACACCCUGGAGAUAGGAGUGGUGAAGAAUGGAGAGACAGAGGGGCGUGGGAGCUUCCAAGGAGGAGCAGUUGUGGCUGAGGAAGAUCUCCAUCAAGGAGGAGGAACCAAGGUAGAAAUAGCCAUAGAGAAGAGGGAGGUGUUGGCAGAUUCCAGGACAGCUGAGGGGAAAACAGACACAAAUAAAGCCUCUUCCUUUUCAGAUGUUGCUGGGGAGGAAACUUGGCACAAAGUGGAUGAGUUACUAGGAAAAGCAGCAGCUGCACAGAGGGUGGUAGUGCAGGAAAUAGUGCUGAGGGAGGAGGUGCCAGCAGUUGAGGUGACGACUUCAGCAUCAGAAGCUGGGAUGGGGUGUCUCCAAGCACCUUCAGACCUGGAAGGGAAGACCCCACAGUUAGGACAGGGUCAAGAGGGAGGGGAAACUGAAACCAUUCUGAGAACAGAGUCAAGGCUAGAGGAGGCAGAGACAGAUGAGGGGCAGGAGUCAGCAGUUGAAGAAUUCAGACGAGGAUUACCCCAAGGGACAGAAUCACAGCCAAGAAGAGAGAGUCUACGAGAUAGGGAAACACCUCCUGUAAAGCCCAAUUGCACUGCAGCCCGAGAGAAGCAAGAACAAACAGUGCAAAAAGAAAGUGAGAACACAGAUGUUUCCCUGAAGGACGUAAAGGCCUAAGAGACUUCAUGGCAGACGGAUAUGUGAAAGGUGUCUUCUGGAA